AUGCACGAUAAACUUCGGCGAACGAAAGCUGAGCAUUUCAAGGAUUUUCCAAUAGGAAACUGUUGUACUUGCCUUUCAGCACCAUCAUCAUUCGAUGACCAGUUCUCCCCUGUACGACCAAGUUCUGAAUCCAGAAUCAGGUACAACACUUUGAGUGAGCAUACCCAGAGACUCGAAGCCUAUUCCUGUGGGACUGAAAUUGCAGGUAUUGGUGUCACCAACGAAGGUGACACUGCUUUUCUCAGCUCUGACCUUUUCCAUGGCUUUUUAGCCAUUGGAACUCUUGGUUCAGAACAAAUCACCGGCAGCCCUGCAACACCGACAUUUCCCGCAUCUUUGGAGGAGGAUAACCUUGCAGAAGAAAAUUUAGAAGUGACAGAGAACGACCUGAAUCUCAUAAGAGAUGAGCUAGAAAAAUUUCUAGAGGCUGAGGCAGAAGAAGUACAAGGCACUGAUGAUGCAUUGGCUAGAAGCAGUUAUGUUAGCAUUAUCACACUCAAUGGCAUGCAAGUAGAGGAAGCUGGAGGCCAUGAAAAGUCAAUAGUAAGUCCUCUCCAAGGUUAUCUAUUUGGGUCGUCCAUUGAAUUGCCAGAAACAAGAGCAGAAAAAAAGAAGGAAAAGUUAUCACUUGGAGAGAUCUUCCGCAGGACGAAACUUACUGAUGACGACACUCCAAUUGAGAUGCCUCCCAAGCAAGACAAAAAAUCUGUCAAACUCCUGCUCAAAAAGAUACUGAAGAAGCUUCAUGCUCCUCCAGGAAAGAAAACUUCUCAGGAUGAUGCUGACAAAACUAUCCCCACCAAGAAAAAUACUAACAAGGUGCUUAACAUGUUCUGUCGAAAAGUGCACCCUGAGGACUCUACGGAUGCAAAACACUCAACCACAUCCUGGGUGGAGCGACUAAAGGCCAGGCAUGACACUACCCUGAAGUGCAGUUCAAUUCAAAAGACCGCCAAUUACGAGAACGGCUUGAAAGAGCCCCAGUUUGGUCUCAGUAGCAGCCAGUCUAGCGGAAAUACAGAGCACUGGAUUAGAACUGAUGCUGACUACUUGGUGCUGGAGCUUGAGCAAAGGAACUAA